AGCUGUAAUGGGCGGGGCACAAUAUAAAGCGAGCUGUAAUGGGCGGGGCACAAUAUACAGCGAACUGUAAUGGGCGGGAUGGACGCGUAACCCCUCCCACACGGGCUCAAGUACAAAUAGUUUGUUAUUCCCUCUACAAGUGCACUACUUUCCAUGCAAAAAUAGUUCUAAUUCGACACCAUGUGUAGUGUACUAGAUAUCCAGUAAGGUGAGAUUUGGGUUUCGGUUUGUGUUGAUGGAGGUUUAGAGCUGUUGCGCCUCAGACAAGUUCCCGAGCGGAGCGAUAUCCAGUCCAGUAGUGAGACGGACCGCGCGCGCAGAAGACAAGAGAGAAGAGGGAGAGAGAGAGAGGAAAGAAAGAAAGAAAGAAGAGAAGAGAAGAGGAAACUGGAUAGGGGGAUUCAGUGGAUUUCAACAGUCAUGGCUACUGAAACAACGUCUUGUACAGGCUCCAGUUUGCUGCAGCCUCUCAGCGACAUGAUUGACCUUCCUCUGGAUCAGGUGAACUUUGUGGUCUGCCAGAUCUUCGCCCUGCUCACGGCCUGCUGGUUUCGGCUCUAUCUGCACCCCAGCAAGACCAGUCCCUUUAUCCGGCAUGUCGUGGCCACACUGCUGGGCUUCUACCUGGCCCUCUUCUGCUUCGGCUGGUAUGCUUUACACUUUCUGGUUCAGAGUGGACUCACGUACGGUAUCAUGAUCUUCACUGGGGUGGAGCACAUGCACAGAUACUGCUUUGUGGUCGCUCUGGGCUACCUCACCCUCUGCCAGAUCACCCGGGUCUACUUUUUCGACUACGGCAUGUACUCGGCAGACUUCACUGGGCCCUUGAUGGUAAUCACACAGAAGAUCACCAGUCUGGCAUUUGAGAUCCAUGAUGGUCUAACAAAGAAGGAAGAGCAUCUCAAGCCUACUCAAAAGUAUCUCGCUGUCAGGAAAAUGCCAAGUCUUCUAGAGUACUUGAGUUAUAAUUGUAACUUCCUGGGCAUCCUGGCAGGCCCCACAUGCUCCUACAAUGACUACACAGCCUUCAUCGAGGGCACGGGCUACCAGCACAAACAUGCGGAGUCAAAUGGCAAGGAGAAUGGCAAAUUCAAGCAAUGUGACCCCUCACCAAAGAGAGAUGUUCUGGUGAAGCUGGCCACCUGCACUCUUUGCCUGCUGGUCUACCUAACCUUCUAUCGCAUAUGUCCUGUGGAGCGCGUCAUUGAUGACCCAUUCAUCAUGUCCCAGCCCUUCUACAUGCGCAUCCUCUACCUCUACCUGUCCAUGCUCAGUCUGCGGCCCAAGUACUAUUUCGUAUGGACACUGGCUGACGCGAUAAACAAUGCUGCUGGUUUUGGCUUUAAUGGUUAUCAUAAAGACGGCAGUCCAAGAUGGGACCUGAUCUCAAACUUGAGAAUACUGGACAUAGAGCUUGCAACAAGCUUCAAGUCUUUCCUCGACAACUGGAACAUUCAGACAGCACUUUGGCUGAAAAGGGUAUGUUAUGAGCGCUGUCCGUACCACCCGACAGCAGCCACCUUCCUGCUCUCUGCCAUAUGGCACGGAGUGUACCCAGGAUACUACCUCACCUUCAUCAUGGGCAUCGGCGUGACGCUGGCAGCCCGGGCAGUAAGACAUAACGUUAGGCAGCACUUCCUGGGUUCCUCCACACACAAGCUCAUAUACGACGUGAUUACGUGGGCCAGCACACAGAUCGCUAUAUGCUACACGGUGGUGCCAUUCGUUGUGUUGGCAGUGGGAGCUUCUCUGAAGUUCUACUGGUCAUGGUACUUCGGUCUGCACGUGAUUUGCAUGCUGCUGGUCCUAGCCCUUCCUGUGAAGCGCAGAUCAUCACGUGAGAAGCUGCAGGAAAAACAGAACCAUCCGGCGGAGGGCAGUGACUUCUCCAGCACAGACCGUAACUGCAACCAGAAACAGAAAACGUCCUGAAGAACGGACACCUCCUCCCACCUCUUACACCCAGAGCUGUGGAGAAGUCGCAUCCAGACUGAUGAGCCCGAGUGGCUCUUUUUCUCUCCUUCCAACCUAACCCGAACGGGACGUUACUAAAACGUGAAUAAGGACAGACAGACGAGUGUGGUGAGCCUCAGAGAAUGGCACCGGGGCUAAUCAGUUUACAGCGGGGAAAAUCCUUCAGUGUGUUUUCACCAGUUUGGGGCUUUAAUUGGUCACAAGAGGAAUCGAUUGGGUCUUAAUGGAGAUUAACAAAUACAAGUUGCCUUAAAAACCCUCUAUUUACUAUCCAGUGCUCAGCAGGCUGGCAUUGAGAUCAUUCAAGAAAGGAACAUUUGAGGCCAGCUCUCGCAGUACUUAGAGGAUUUUUUUUUAAAAACCCAUCAGCUAUUCACCAAUAUACCUUGUUUUUUUUUUGUGGGGUUUUGCUAUAAAAAAUUUGAUAGAAUUUGUUUGAUGCCAAUCUCUCAUAGGCCUUAGUUUCCUGUUUUAGGCAGUUGUCUCUUCUUUACAGGAUCUAUUUGUUGUUGUUGUUGUUGUUGUUGUUGUUGUCCAUCUGUUUGAUGCAUAUCUGAUGCUGUCUUUGGAAGAGGCAGAAUUCAUUUGGAACGAGGGGUAAUUUCUUUACACAAGAUUGUCGUUUCUUUUUAUUGGUUUUGUUUAAGGGCUUUCUGUUUGCGUUUUGCUCUCAGUUUUUUCAGAAGAAGCUUUUAGUGUCUCUGCCAUUACAUUACAGUCAUUAACAUUUGACAUCACAGGAAGCACACUGAGAGCAUGUAUUGUGGUGUAUUUGCUAGGAUCUUUCACAGUGCACCGAUUUGUCAUAUCCGAAUUCGUAUUCCGUUAUUCUACGCUACAGGAAACAGCAUCGCAUCGUACCUUUGUUUACUAUUACGGCAUACAUUUGGCGUCGGUAAUCAACUGACCUCGUACAGCAGUUCAGAUUAAGUUUGAUCUGAGUGAUGUUGAGGUGUGAAGGAUAUUUGGCGCAUGGGGGCUUUAGGACACCAUUCAACAAGUGUUUAGUCUUACAGUCAGGAUUUUAGUGUGUGUUACAGUGGAAAGACCCACCGUCUGGGAAGUAGAAGUGUUAGCAGCAGAUGCAGUAGGGAGUUCGAUAGUGUUUUGAGUUAAAAAUCACAAGCAUUCACAAUGAGGAAGGAACAAAAAGUCGCAAUGGUAAGAAAAAGCUCGAACAAAGUGCUUGAAAACACAGUCGAUUACUUUAGUAAGAACAUGUACAAAUAAACCAGUGUGGCUCAUACAGAAGCACAUUUCUGCCACAGGAGAUAAACAAAAACAGAUUUCCAUCAGCAUCUCGUUAUUAUGAGAAAAGCGUCUUGUUACUACAAGAAAACAUCGUUAUUACGAGAAAAAAUUAUUAUGAAAAAAGCAUCGUUACUAUAAGAAAACAUUGUUAUUACGAGAAAAAAUUAUUAUGAAAAAAGCAUCGUUACUAUAAGAAAACAUCGUUAUUACGAGAGAAAAAAUUUAGAAAAAAAUCGUUAUUAUGAAAAAAGCAUCAUGAUACUACAAUAAAACAUCGUUAUUAUGAGAAAAAAAUUAUUAUGAGAAAAACAUUGUCACUACAAUAAAACCGUUAUGAGAAAAAAAAUUGAUAAGCAUUGUUACUACAAUAAAACAUCGUCAUUACGAGAGAAAAAAUUUGUUAUAAAAAAGCAUCAUUACUACAAUAAAACAUCAUUAUUACAAGAAAACAAUCGUUAUUAUAAAAAAAGCAUCAUGUUAUUACAACAAAACGUCGUUAUUAUGAGAAAA